AAGAACGAUUGUAUUGUUUUGCCAAAAGAUCUAUUUUUAUCAGCGGCAGACUACUGCUUGUCACAUUACAUCCAUGACGUUUAUGGCGCCAGAAAUCAAGGUUUUGGUGAGGAGCUGUCGCGCGUUCUGUCAGCUGGUGGAUGGUUAUUGUUAUUUUGCUUUGGCGUUAACGAAAACACAAGACGUCGGCGAAUUUCUUUACGUCGUUUGCAGUUGUAUGAGGUCGAAGAGGAGUCAAAAUGGUGAUACUACGCAGCAGCGGCUGUGUCGGAGCGGAGUCGGUGGCAACUACUCCGAAGAGGAGGACUCUCGAGUUGGACACAAGCUCUGAGUUUCUGUCGCUGGUUCCCGGGUCACAGAAAAAGUCUACCCGGAUGACCCGUUCUUUUCGGUCUUUGAAUGACAGCUUUAGCAGUCCUGAAAACCCCUUGACGAAUGGUCACACAAAACAGGAGGAGGGAACUGGUCUCCACCACUCUGGUAGAACCAGAGGACGACGAGUUAAACAUGAAGUUUCUUUUUCUAACAUGGGAACAAAGACCAGCUCUCCUGCAAAUGAAGACAAAGUUGAAGGCUACUGUACCAGAAAAUCUUCCAGACUGCAGAGAGAAGGUAAAGCCUCCAGCGGACAGCAACAAGCAGACGUUCCAGAUGAAGUCCCAGUUGAGGAGUCUUCUACUCCCAAAAGGAGUCGCUUUAACCUACAGAGCAGAGAUGUGGAGGAGGAAGAGGAGGAGGAGGAAGAGAGCUCUGUGCGUCGAAGCUCCCGCAUCACCAGAUACAAACUACAUUCCCGUAACCAGUCAGUGCUCUAUGACCGCCUCAUUACGAACACGGCUGAAGCUGUUCUGCAGAAGAUGGAUGACAUGCAAAAGAUGAGACGUCGACUAAGAAGCAGAGACACUAAAGAAGAGAACCUGAGCGCCUAUGGGAGUGGCAGAAUGAGACGGUCUCUUCGGUCAAACACUCAAAGCAAAAAAUCAGAGGAGAAGGAGCAAGGGGAAGAGGAUGAUGUUGAGGAGGAAGAAGAUGGAGAAGGGGAUGAUGAAGAGGAGGAGGAAGAGGAAGAAGAAGAAGAAGAUGAUGGGGAGGAGGAGGAAAACCACCAACGCUAUGACUUCAGACAGAGGAAAACGGUGGUUCGCUACCAGGCUCCACAGGAUGAACCCCGAGAGCCCAGGAAACGCAGCAUGUACUUUAAGGACCACUCGCCGCCGACCAGACGGAGGUUCCGGUUCAGCUCCACCGCUCCCAGGAGCCCUUACAACAGGAGGAGAUCUAGCAGGAGUAGUUCUGAGAGGAGGAGACAUGCCAUUCACAGCAGUGACUCCACGUCUUCCUCCUCAGAUGAGGAGACAUUUCAGAGGCGCAGGAUCAAGAGCAGGAACAGAUCUGUCAACAGAUGUCUUCCAAUGAACCUUAUCAAAGAAGAUUUACUGGGGAUCCACAAAGACAGGAUGAAAAUUGGAGCAAGCCUUGCUGAUGUUGACCCCAUGCACAUAGACAGAACAGUGCGUUUUGACAGCAUCGGGGGUUUGGGCAGACACAUUCUAGCGUUGAAGGAGAUGGUGGUGUUUCCUCUUCUUUACCCAGAAGUCUUUGAGAGGUUCAGAAUACAACCCCCCAGGGGCUGUCUCUUUUACGGGCCUCCAGGAACUGGGAAGACUUUAGUAGCCAGAGCGCUGGCUAAUGAGUGCAGUCAGGGAGAAAAGAAGGUGUCAUUCUUUAUGAGGAAAGGAGCCGACUGUCUGAGCAAAUGGGUGGGAGAAUCUGAGAGACAGUUGAGACUGCUGUUUGACCAGGCCUAUCAGAUGCGUCCAUCCAUCAUUUUCUUUGAUGAGAUCGAUGGUUUGGCUCCAGUCAGGUCCAGCCGUCAGGAUCAGAUCCAUAGCUCAAUUGUGUCAACCCUCCUGGCUCUUAUGGAUGGGUUGGACAGCAGGGGAGAAGUUGUUGUUAUUGGGGCUACAAACAGACUGGACUCCAUCGAUCCAGCUCUCAGGAGACCUGGACGCUUCGACAGAGAGUUUCUUUUUGGCCUCCCAGACAGAGAGGCAAGAAAGGAAAUUCUGAAAAUCCACACCAGACAGUGGACUCCUCAACCUUCAGACACAUUCCUGGAGGAACUUGCAGAUAAAUGUGUUGGGUAUUGUGGGGCCGAUAUAAAGGCGGUGUGUUCGGAGGCCGCUCUCUGUGCACUGCGGCGGCGCUAUCCUCAGAUCUACUCCUCAACACAGAAACUUCUGCUAGACGUUGACUCCAUUGUCAUCACUAGCAAAGACUUUGUGUUCGCCAUGUCCAAAAUGGUGCCAGCUGCCCAAAGGGCAGUAGUGUCACCUGCCAAAGCGUUGAUCCCUGCUAUCCGUCCUCUGUUGGGAGCCACCCUGCAGAACAUCCUGCUGAUAGUCAGUAAAGUGUUCCCUCAUGCUGAACAAGGUCUGAAGAGAAAGAGAGAAAGAGCAGAUGAGCCCUGUGAAGGCUUUGAAGAUGAUUUGAUGUUCAGUGAAGACGAGAGCACAGAAGCCACUACUGGAAAACUGACGACUCAAUCCCAGCUUAAAAUAAAAGACGCCAACGGCCUCUUAAACCUAGACAGGAGUGUAAUCAGCCAGCCGACGUCAUACCGGCCCAGACUUCUGUUGGAAGGACGACCCGGCUCGGGUCAAAGCUCCCACCUGGCCCCUGCUGUUCUGCACGCUCUGGAAAAAUUCACUGUGUACACUCUGGAUAUGGCUGUGCUUUUUGGAGCCAGUGCAUGUACACCUGAAGAAACCUGUGCUCAGGUUUUUGUUGAAGCCAAGCGGACUUCUCCCAGUAUCUUGUACAUCCCACGCAUUGGACAGUGGUGGGAAACUGUAAGUCCUGCUUUAAGAGCGACCUUCUUAAGCCUCCUCAGCUCCAUCCCGGCCUUCUCCCCCAUUCUGCUGCUGGCUACCUGUAGUCUUCGUUACGAACAACUCAGCGUGGAGGUGCAAGAGUUGUUUCGAGUUGAAUAUGGGGAGGUUUUUCAGGUCCGAGUCCCCACUCGGCAAGAGAGGUGGAACUUCUUUGAGGAUCUUAUCCUUAACCAAGCGGCAAAAGCUCCGUCUUCAAAAAAGAAAGCAGCGCUGCGUGCUUCAGAAGUGCUUCCAGUUGCUCCCCCACCACCCCCACGUCAGCUGACUAAAGAGGAAAGUAAGAAGUUAGAGGAGCAGGAAGAAGACACCCUUCGCGAGCUUCGCCUUUUCCUGCGUGAUGUCACAAACCGCCUGUCCCAGGAUAAACGCUUCAAGGCCUUCACGAGGCCUGUGGAUUUGGAGGAGGUUCCAGAUUAUGCUGAAGUGAUCAAGAAGCCCAUGGAUCUGUCCACAGUUCUCUCCAACAUAGACCUUCAUCAGUAUGGAACAGUGAAAGAGUAUCUGGAGGACGUGGAUCUCAUCUGGCAGAAUGCACUUGAAUACAACCCAGACAAGGACCCUUCAGAUCGCCAGAUCCGCCACCGAGCGUGUGCUCUGAAGGACACUGUCCAUGCAAUCAUUCAAGAAGAGCUGGAUGAAGACUUUGAAAAGAUUUGUGAUGAGAUCAAAGAGUCGCGCAAAAGAAGACGAUGCUCCACUGCACAGUUUGCUCCUACCUUCUACCAUGUUCUUCCCAAGCAGCCAAAUGCUGCUGGUGAUGCCAAAAACACCAGCGUGGUCCAGAAAAGUGACACAGUUGGAUCCACAGCUGCAGUAGCUGCCAGUACAAGCUUUUCUGCUUGUUCAACUCCUAAAAAUACAGUCCAGAAGAAAAGACGUCGUAAAAGCCGCUGGUCUAAUGGCUACAUUACAAAAAAGAAGUGUUCCAUUUCUCCUCACGCCUCCAGAGAUAACGGAUCUGAUGAGGAGGAAGAAGAUGCGGAUGAAGAGGAUGAGCUUGAUAAGGGAGAAGGUGCAGAGCUCAACAAUACAAAAGAAAAUGAAAAAGUUGUGGAGUCAGAACCAGAAACCUGCCCAGACAGCCAUUCUGGACCAAAUGCAACAGAGCAGGAUAAUGAGAAAGAGAGAGAAAAGAGGAAUCCCAUAGACUCGGAUGAAAAAGAGAAAUCAGAAAACCACAGCCAGAACUUGACUGAAAAAGACCAACACCAGUCGGGACAGUCUACGCAUGAAAAGAAAGAGGGAGGAGACGAAAACCUUAACCUUAUUCUAGAGAACACUAAUGAGAAUAGCUGCACAGGAACAGCAGGAGACGCUAGCAUAAAAGAAACUUGUAGUCAAAAUCAGCCAGAAGCUUGUGAGGAGAUGACUGAAGAACAGAAGAGCAAAGGAUCUGCUGAGCAGGAGUCAAAGCUGAACACUUCUGCUGAGCCAAUGGAGGAGGACGGGAUGGAAAUCUCCACUGCAGCUUCCAUGGGAGCCACAGAGUGUAGCACGAGACGAAUGACCAGGGCCCUUAAAAACAGCGUGCUCCAGCAGCAGAUGAUCAAUGUGGAUGAAGUGCUGCAGGUCCUGGAUGAAGAGACGCCUCCUCUGGUUGUGGACAGAGAGAAAUUAAAGGAACUGUUGGAGAAAGUUGUGGCAAAGACAGACGACUACGAGGUCUAUAAACUGGAAAAACUCUAUGCUCUUCUCUGCCAGUGUAUCUACAGAAACAGAAAAGCAUACAACAAAACAACUCUUAUUCAGGAGUUGGAAAAGGAAAUUCAAGACUUCAAUUGACUUUUUGAUGUGAAAGCCAGCCAUUUUCAAAUGUUAUCCUCACUUCUCUUUUAAUCUUUCCAAAUUUAAAUCACAUUUCUAUUUUCAUAGAAAUUUAUGCCUGAGCUUUAGCUUACAUUUUGUAUUACCUCGUCUGUUUAUAUGCAAAUAAAACAAAUGGUUACUCUAAAUUAAUUGCAGUUUUAAUCUCACUAGCCUUUGUUACAUGUGAAAUAGUUGACUAAAUGUUUCUGUUGCUAUUGCUGUUAUCCAGAAUACAUUUUUUUUACAUCGUACAGGAUAAGAAUUUGUAAUUGCCAGCUGUUUUAUACAAACUUUUCUCCAAUUUUUCAUUUAUACUUUAUAAGAAUGAACUUAUAUUUGUUUUGUUUAUCUGUAUUUGUCAGUUAAAUGUAAUAAAAGUAGGUACUUCAAAGUGCUGUAAAAAUAAAAAUUA